AUGCUUUUCACCUUGUCUACCAGGUGUCGAGGCAGUGAGCAGGUGAAGAUGGCUAAGAAGUCCGGUUUGAACACAAGUGUGAUCAUUGUUUUCCACAAUGAGGCCUGGUCCACUCUACUUCGCACCAUCCAUUCCGUUCUCAACCGAUCGCCACCGAAACUGCUCCAGGAGGUUAUUCUCGUCGACGAUGCCAGUGAUCGCGACUACUUGGGUGCCAGCUUGGAGACUUACGUGGAUGCGUUGGGAGAGCAAGUACGACUACUACGUCUACGUGAGCGCUCUGGUCUCAUUCGGGCGCGUCUUGCGGGAGCACGGGAGGCCCGGGGCAGCACUCUGACUUUCCUUGAUGCUCACUGCGAGGUAACCCUGGGCUGGCUCGAACCUCUCAUUGUCCACGUCUUCAGUAAUCCUCAUUCUGUCGUUUGUCCUGCCAUCGAUGUCAUCUCCGACACCACCUUCGAGUAUCUCCAAAGUACAGAAAGGACGUGGGGUGUGUUUAGUUGGGACCUCCUCUUUGACUGGGAUGUCGUUUCUUCCCGAGAGGAAGUCAGACGUCAUCACAACCCCGCUAUGCCUAUUCGUACGCCUGCGAUGGCCGGUGGACUUUUCCUCAUCAGGCGAGACUACUUCUACAGUGCAAGUAGAAUUCACAUCUUGUCUUGUGAAUUGGGCGCCUACGAUGAGGGCAUGGAGGUGUGGGGAGGUGAGAACGUAGAGAUGUCUCUGCGAGUGUGGCAGUGCGGAGGCGAAUUACUCAUCAUUCCCUGCAGUCGAGUGGGUCAUGUCUUCCGCAAGGUCUCGCCAUACUCAUGGCCUGGCGGUGUCACUCACGUUCUCCACCGUAACCGCGUCCGCACGGCCCGCGUCUGGCUAGACGAGUUCAUCGAAUUGCCCUUCACCCUUGACCCCUUUCGUUUGCAUUUUUCUUCACGUAAAGCUCUACGCACUUUCGAAUUUGGCGAUGUAUCGGAGAGAAUUGCCCUCCGGCGGCGCCUCAAAUGCAAAAGUUUCUCCUGGUACCUCCAAAACGUCUUCCCUGAAUCUAACAUACGACCGCGCAUUGAACGGCUUGGACAGAUACGGAACCCGGUUCAUGAACUAUGCUUCGAUACCGGCGGUGGGCGCAAAGGUCAAGUGAUAUCCGCGGCGGCUUGCCGCAGUAUUAGUAGCGGCAGCAGUGCACAGCAGACCUUCACGGUCUCUACGGCAGGCGAGUUGACUGCCUCUGUGGGUUGCCUGGGUGCACAGCACAUUCGUGACAACCUCAUUCUAGGUCAGUGUGACGGUGACGCCGGAGCUUUCCAAAAGUUCAUCUACGAUGACCAAGUAGAAUUGCAUAAUUUUCUUUACUCCAUGGCUGCAUCUAGACAAAGCACAUCGUCCACGUCCACACAAAUCUUUGCGUCCGUGUGGAUACUACACGGCGGGAGCUGCCCUUGUUUCUUGUUUUUAUAUCUAGACCAUUGCGCUACAAGUGACGAGUUCAUUUGGGAAUUGCCGCCUCCCUUUCACAACCAGACUUUACGAAUCCAGUAG